CCCUUUGCGUACUGAUAUUACAGACUAACACUGCUAUACCUCUGAAGUUUAGCCUUCAUUCAGGUGCAGCAAUGGUGGUGAUGUUUGCCUUCCAAGUCAUUUCCAACUUAUGGGGAUCCCAUGGGGUCCUCCACCUCUAAGCCCAGCAACCUGUCACAGGGUUUUCUUGGCAGGUUUCUCUAGAGGGGGUUUGUCCUUGCCAUCCUCGGAGGUUGAGAGAGUGUGCCUUGCCCAAGGUGACAAAAUAGAAUGAAUUACAGUCUUGGAGCAGAGCUGUCAGCCACCCUAUCUUUUAAAGGUUACAAGCUGCAAAGGGACAAUUUGUGUUAAUCAUGCCACUUCUUGCUACUGCCCUCUGGUACUGCAGGCAACUGUAUACAUAUAUAGCUUAUCUGUUGAAAAGGUGGAGCAGAUACCUGCAAAAAAAAUUCACAAAAAACCAAAGUGUUUUGGGAGAAGUUGACCUGCUUAGCUAUUGUGCAAAAAAAUGGAAAGGAGAAACAGAGCAGGCUGAAAAGAUGAAAAAGGCUUAUGAACAGUUGCUUUGGAGACACCAUGUGAAAUAUCUACGAGAAGUCAGACAGGAUAACUACUGUGUGCUGAGAGCUGUAUUAUAUCAGAUAUUCAGCCAAGGUCUUCCUCCUCCAUCUUGGACAAAGGCAACAGAUGUCCUAAAGCUCCCAGAAAAACUUCUGUAUUCACAAGGCUGUAAUUGGAUCCAGCAGUAUAGCUUUGGACCAGAACAGUACACAGGUUCCAAUACAUUAGGAAAAUUACGUAAAUGUAUUGAAGCAUUAAAAAGUCAGUGGAUGGAAAUCAGUAGUAUUAAAGACCAGUAUGAAAGAUGGAAACUGUGCAAUGCCCUUUUUACUGAUGAAAGUAUGGAACACAAGUUAUAUGAAGCCAUAAAGUUCAUGAUGCUCUACCAAGUAAUAGAGGCCUAUGAGUGUUUCAGCAACAAACAGAAAGGCUUGCCACGGUUUUUUUACAGCCUGUUUUCCUGUGAUACCUCCUUGGACCCUUUAAGUUACAUGAUGAAUCAUCUGAAUUCCAUAGGCAGUGGAAAAGGUCUUGAUCAGGUUGAAAUGUUCCUCCUUGGAUAUUCUCUUGAAGUAAAAAUAAUAGUCUAUAGGUUUUGUAAGUUCAGUUCAGAGGUUUUUCAAGAAAGAUAUUUGGAGGGCUAUCAAAGGGACUGGCAUGAAGUUUUUCUUCUGACUGAAGAUGACCGUCACUAUCAUAUCCCAGUUACCAGAAUAUGAAACUAAUUUCUAUUGACGUGUCUGACAUCAGAAAGAACUGUGCAGUGUCCAAAUAGUUAAGACUGUUAUGUUGGGCUUGACAUGUGAAAAACAGAGCUCAACUAAGCAUCCCAACCCAACUGUAGCAAUCUCUAGAUGGGUAUAAAUCAGGCCAUCUCUCUGCUUAUCUACCUCAUAGAUUUGUUGUAAGGGUAAAAUAAUGUAUAUGACUCCCACAAAUACUCAACACAAGUAUGAUCAUGGAUAAAGAAUGAGGCUGUGUACAAGCUGGAUAUUGAAUAGUCUCACAAAUAAUCUUUUGUGAUCAGUUCCUGUUGGGUAUAGUAACACCACAAUCAUGUAAACAAAUAGUUACUCCCUUUCCUUGGGAGCUCUAGUUCUGUGAAAGAGAGUGGGGCUAGGAAUCUCUCAAAAGAGAAUUCUCAGCACUAUCACCAAGUGGCAAUUUACAGAAAUCUUCUGGGGGAAACCAUGAUGUGAAGUUGGUAUAUAACUGAUAUAAACUGGUACUCUAUAAAAUAGAUGAUCUUUGAGACAGCAGUCGAAAGUUUUAAUGAUCCUCAUUUUUUAUUUAUAUCAGAAUGGGCAAAAUGCAGCCUUCCAGAUCUCACUAGACUACCGUUCCUGCAUUUCUCACCAUUGUCUAUUCUAGCUAGGGCUACUGAGAGUUGCAGUUCAGUGGCAUCUGGAAGUCUGUGCUUUUGACCAGACUUGGUUUGUAUGGCCUUUACUGUGCCCCUAACCUAUUUGCUGAGGAAGCUAGGGCUGCCUUUUAUUUAAAAGAGGAAAGCUGAGGUUCUUGCAAUACUGAUUUCUGCCAUCAAAGCCAUGAUCUGUAUUUUACAAAUGAAAUCAGAAUGUAUACACUGCCUGGCCAUUAUGUAUUUAGAAAAAAAUGUCUGCCUAUUACUACACAUGUAUACAAAAACAGUUUUUACUGUAUGCAAUUGUAUGAAAUUUAUCUGCUGAUUUUCUUCAUUUCUUCUCUUGCAUGAGGAAUGAUUGUAAAUUACACAAGAUCUUUGCAUCAUUAUUUUUUAAAUCUUCCUAAGAGCAGGUCAUAUUAAGCACCAUGUGCUUUUGUGGAAAAUGAAAAUUGGUCUUGCUUCUACUGUAGAACUAUUUUUCUUUCAGGUUUCUGUUUGUGUGUGUGUGUAUGCAUAUAUGUACACACAUAGAGACAUAUGAGACCAAAAGGAGUUGGGUUCUAGAACUUGUGUUUAUUUUGUUGUCUGUAUUUGUAGGUGUUUUUAUAUUCGGUUUUUAAGAUUUUUACUGCCCUCCACUUACUUAAAUGUAUUUAUAAUAAACAUAUGCUUUAUGAAGACCUAA